UCAGGACGAUGUUCUCUAGCCUUCCACAUAAUUCAUCAUCUUUCUUUUGGCCUUCGCAAACUCACGCCCCUGUUUGUGGUCAUGUCGUCGAGCCUGCCAUGGCAGCCUUUAAUACCGGCAAAAACUAAGCGCUUCAAUUACUAUCGCAAAACCCUCAAACCAAAUUUCGUUCGUAUUCACCAAGCGGGGAGUAUUCAGGCCUUCAGGCGCAGCGACCUUGAUGGGUUCGCCAAGCGCGUGACCUCCGGCGAGGCCUGGAGGGACGUGUGGAGGAGUGCUAAUGAUGGGUUCGAGCAGCUCGUGUACGAGAGCAAGAAGACAGCUGAGCGUAUUAACAGGAGAUAUGCUGUCUCGGAGAGGUUCUCGGAGGUGACAAAUUCUGCGGCAGACCGUGCCCGUGAACUCGACCGCGAGUUCGGAAUAACGCAGCGCUGGCGGACUUUUUCUCUUGAUUUUAGUAGAAAUUGGCCGAGGUACAGGAGGCAGUUCAGUAAUUUUCUUGAUACACCGUUAGGAAGGAGUUUUGCUACAAUCUUCUUUGUAUGGUUUGCUCUGUCUGGAUGGCUAUUCCGGUUUCUGAUAUUCGCCACGUGGGUACUGCCAUUUGCCGGUCCUCUCCUAAUUGGGGCUGUGGCCAACAAUCUUAUCAUUAAGCAGGGAGAAUGCCCAUCAUGUAGGAGGCAGUUUGUUGGAUACAAGAGCCAAACAGUUCGCUGUGCAAGUUGUGGAAACAUUGUAUGGCAGCCACAGGGUGACUUCUUUUCAAAAGGCAGCCGAGGUACCAGUUCCUCUUCGAAAAAGAGUAAACCGGAUAUCAUUGAUGUUGAAUUUGAAGAGAAAUGAACGAAGAUCGACAGAUGGCUUUGAUGUCCUCUACAUUAAGUAUUCAUAUGCAAUGAUGUCAUACUAAAACACAAUGGAAUGCAUUUUUAUUUUUUUUGAAACACUAAUUACUUUUGGUUCAUAUCCAGUUGUUAUGUAUCGUAGGUAGGAUAUGACGUCUUAAUAUUUGUAGGCUGAGAAAUGAAAGUAACAUCACUUUUGUUGUACAAAUUUUUCAUCAUGAGCAAUUGUGGAAUAUUUUUUCUUGUUUU